AUGGACUGGACGCCGGCCGACCUGCACUUCGAGAUGGAGGAUAUGGUCGAGGACGAGGCGGAGAGCAAGCGCUCAUUUGAAAUGCAAGACCCCGAUCCCCUGCCGACGAAGCUGGAGAGUGCGUUCGAGAGCGGCUCGCUGGUGAAGUCCUACGAGCCUGUUGCUGGAUAUGACUAUCACUUCAGAUGGACAAGGGAUGCGGAGAGGAGGGUCGUCAAGAAGAUCGACCGACGCAUCUGCCUGCUACUCGGCUUAAUGUUUUUCGUCCUCCAAGUCGACCGCGCCAGUAUCACCCAAUCCCCUUCAAAGGACAUGCUGGAAGACCAAGGCCUCUCCCGGGACGACUGGAAAACGGGCCAAACAGUCUAUUUCGCAUCGAUUGUGGCGGCGACGUUACCAUCUCAACUCAUAGGCAAGUGGAUCGGUUGUGAGAAGUGGAUCUCGCUGCAGAUGAUCUCGUGGAGCAUCGUCGCGAGCAUGCAGCUCGGCGUGACGGGACCACGGUCAUUCUGGGUCAACCGAGCUUUGAUCGGGAUCUUCGAGAGCGGAUUCGUGCCGUCCAGUAUUCUCUACGUGAGCUAUUUCUACACCUCUACCGAACUCACGAAACGCCUCGCAUGGUUCUGGGUCGGCUUCCCGAUGGCAAGGGUCGCAUGCACGCUGUUGGCUUCCGGGAUGAUGCAGUUGAGCGGGCUCUCAGAAUUCCCCAACCCGCAGGGGUGGCUUCCUGGCGCAGUGAGCGCAAUCAUUUUUCCUCUUGGCUGCAUUGCGUGGCUAUGCCUCCCUCCGUCGCCAACGCAGACACCCUCUAAAUCCCAUGGGAGGCGGAGCUGGGUAUCGGCCACGGAGCAGAAGAUCAUGGUCAACCGCGUUUUGCGGGACGACCGUGGCAAGGGCGAAAUGAGCAACCGUGAGCCGAUCACGCUCAGAUCUCUUUACACCUGCUUGAUGGACUAUCGGAUGUGGCCCAUCUACCUCAUAGGCCUGUCCUGGCAACUACCCAUGCUGCCCUCUGUCCAGUACCUCACCAACAUCCUCCGCACACUUGCCAUGAGCGACUUCGAGCGACGACUUCGACACUUGCCCGCCGACCUCAUCUGGACCUUCAACCUCUUGCUCUUCACCUACUUCUCGGAACUGGUCAACGAGAGGCUCCUGGUCAGCUCUCUCAGCCAGGUGUGGUGCUUGCCGAUGCUGAUCUCGAUGUAUGUCUUGCCGUUCGACCGGGAAAACAUCAACACGUGGGCUCUGGCGUUUUUGACGUGCGCGCAGCCGUUCGUUCAUGCGAUGCUUCUCGGGCUGGCGAGUCGCAACUCCGGGUCCGUGGCGAAUCGGGCUGUUUCGGUGGCGGUGUACAAUAUGUGUGUCGCGGCUUGCAACAUCAUCGCACUAAACAUAUACAAGCGAGAAGACGCACCUUUCUACUUCGCUGGCAACAAGAUACUCAUUGUGGUGGCGGGCUGCAAUAUCGUGCUCUUCCUGAUUGCGAAGCGAUUCUACGUCUCCCUCAAUCAGCGGCGGGAAGUACGAUGGGAGACAAUGUCGAGGCAGGAUAGGCAAGUGUAUCUGGCGACGACGAAGGACAGAGGGAACAAGCGGCUGGACUUCCGAUUCGCGCAUUGA